CGCGUCCUCCCUUUACUUCCGGAAUUUAAAGCCGGCUUCCGGAAGCCGGGACGGUGUCCCCAUGACAACCAACGUUGGCGUUUGGAGGUGCUUGCCUUAGAGCAAGGGAAACAGCUCUGAUUCAAAGGAACUAGAAGCAUCUCCCUUAGUGGUAGGGAGAGAGCCAGGAGCUGUUUUCUGGGAACUGUGGGAUGUGCCCUUGGGGGCCCAAGAAAACAGAAGGAAGAUGCUCCAGACCAGUAACUACAGCCUGGUGCUCUCGCUGCAGUUCCUGCUGCUGUCCUAUGACCUCUUUGUCAAUUCCUUCUCAGAACUGCUCCGAAAGGCUCCUGUCAUCCAGCUUGUGCUCUUCAUCAUCCAGGAUAUUGCAGUCCUCUUCAACAUCAUCAUCAUUUUCCUCAUGUUCUUCAACACCUUCGUCUUCCAGGCUGGCCUGGUCAACCUCCUAUUCCAUAAGUUCAAAGGGACCAUCAUCCUGACAGCUGUGUACUUUGCCCUCAGCAUCUCCCUUCAUGUCUGGGUCAUGAACUUACGCUGGAAAAACUCCAACAGCUUCAUAUGGACAGAUGGACUUCAAACGCUGUUUGUAUUCCAGAGACUAGAGUCACGGAAAACUAAGCUGUGCGUUCGUAAAGCCCUGCAAACUGAAUCUAGACAGCUUCAGAAGAAAGUAACAGCAACUAUUUACAGACGUAAGCCACUUACAUACCUGCCUACUGAUGUAUGGACUUCAGAGUCAUGUGGCUUAUAGCGAUUUUCCAGGAUUGUGCUUUUGUUUGUUGUUGUUCUCCCUUUCUCCUCCAUUUUCUCUUCAUAGGACAUGACACUUCACAACUUUCUAAAAAUGAGUUUUCCUAAUAACUCAGGACCUACUUGUCUAGAAAUAAACCUUCCUAGCCAUGAGAGAUCAGAUGAAACCUGAGACGAUAGACUCAUUUUUUUCUAAAAUGCUUUCUCUAAAAGAUUUUUAAAAAGAAAAAGGAGGAAAUGUGAAAGGAAGGUAUCUUGGGCCCCCAAAUCACUCAGCUAAAGGCAAACGUCAAGCUGGGAACUGCUUAGGGCAAGCCUGCUUCCCAUUCUAAUCAAAGUCACUGCUCUGCUCACUGAGACAAAUGCAUAUCUGAUUGCCUCCUUUAGAGAGACUCAUGAGAAACUCAAAAGAAUGCAUCCAUUUGUCUUUUGUCUACCUAUGACCUGUAAGCCCCUCCCUGCUUUGAGUUGUCCUGCCAUAUUGUUUCACUGAGCUAGACUAAGGCAUACGUGACUAUUCCUCUACCCUCCUCUCACAUGUAAAUUGUGCAUUCAGUGAAAGGUUAAUCAGAAACUCAAAAGAAUGUAAUUGGUUCUCUCUCAUCUACCUAUGACCUGGAAGUCCACUCCCCUGUUUACAGUAGUCCCACCUUUCUGGACCAAACCAGUGUACAUCUUACACAUACUGAUUGAUGUCUCACGUCUCCCUAAAAUGUAUAAAACCAAACUGUGCUCUGACCACCUUGAGCACAUGUUGUCAGGACCUCCUGAGGCUGUGUUGUUACAGGCACAUGUUCUCAACCUGGCAAAAUAAACUUUCUAAAUUAACUGAGACCUGUCCCAAAUUUUCUGGGUUUACACUAACUUGGCGAUCCAAGAUUUAUUUUCCUUUCACACUGGUCAAUUGUGCCUGAAUUCCAAAGGGAGGAGAGUAUAAUGAAGCAUGUCCAAACACCUCUUCCAAUUAACGACCUGAACUAGUUUUUCAGGUUUAGUUUGGAAUCCCCUUGGCCGAGAGGAGGGUUCAUUCAGUCUAUUAGGGGACUUAGAAUAUUACUUUUGGUCUACACCAGGGAGGACAUGGAAGCUCCCUGGCUCUUUUCUAUACAUUGUCCUAUGCGUCUCUUCCAUCUGGCUAUUCUAGAGUUCUUUCCUUUUGUAAUAAACCAGCAAUCUAGUAAGUAAA